AGCGCGCGUCCCCCCAUGGCCGCGCGGCGGCACCGCGAUGGCCACGCCGUCCCCGCAGCCCGUCGGCGCCGUGGCUGAGGAUGGCGAGGUGGCAGGGCUCGUCCAUCAGACCCACGGGCGGAGGCGCACGCCAGACAAGGACGCUGGGGGAGCCGCCGCCCCGCGCCGCGCUGGGGGCGCUGCUGCUGGCGGUCUUGGCCCUGGCCGCGGGCGGCGCCGCCUGGGCCCUCCUGGCCUGUCCUGCUGGGGCUGCACGGCCCGCGCUCCUGCAGGCGCACGCGGCAGGCUGGGAAGGCCAGGCCGCGCUCGCGGGGCGGGCGCCCGUUCCGUCUGGCACGGCAGCGGCGGGUCAGGGCAGCUGGGCCGAGCUGGCGGCGCUGCCGCAGCCCGCAGCCACUGGCACGGCGGCGGCUGGCCAGCAGAGCUCCUCCGCGCCUGCGGCGCCAGCGCCACUGGCCUCUGCCGCGGCCGCGGCGGGCUCGGGAGGUCCCGUCGCCUCCACCUCUCGAGCCGCGUCUGCUGCGGCCUCCAGGGACGCUGCUCUGUCAGCGCGUGCGAGGGACGAGCUGGUUGCCCUCAUAGAUGCCGUUCAGAACGACUGUUCGCGGGAAGCGGAGGCGGUGCAAAUCGGGGCUGGCGGUGGCUUCGCCUCCAAGUUCCAGCUCGCUGCAGGGAAGUUUGCGGCGGCCCUGCGCAGGGGACGCAGCGCUCGAUUCGUGGGUCACUGGGCUGGGUACUCCGAGAUCACCUCAUGCAAGGAUUUGCUGGGAGCACAGGUAUUCAGCGAGAAAGGAUCCUAUGCAUGCUUUUUCAUGCCCGAGACCCUGUGCUCUGCAAACUCCAGCAGUAACGCUGCCGUGCGGGCGGCUGCAGAGGAUGCCGUUGCGAAGCUGAAGGAGGCGGAGGCAGGCCGCCUGUUCAAUGCAGUCGAGGCCUUUAUGUUCCGGCCGAGGCCAGCUACCACCGCCGAGUUUCAGAGGCUCGAGUCUGCGGUGGGCUUAUUCGGUGGGGACCACGAGGAUGCCGUACUCAUCGGGAUACACGAGAGACGCGGGGACAAGAUCUCGGACACCUACAACAGAUACUACACGUCGAUGGAGUAUGCGCAGGUGGCUUUCGCGGCGGCUGGCGCGGUCGCCUCCGUAAGGCAAGCUGACUCUGCCGUGCCACACCGUGGAGAACGCUCGUGCGUGGUGUACGUUGCCUCGGACAGCUCUCAAGCGUUGCCCGACCUCCAGGCCCUCCUCGGAGGCGUGGUCGCGGGAAGCUGCAGGCUUAGGGUGGUUGGCCAGAGAGCGUCCGUGACGCAGCGAACGAUGGACUCGCACCGGUUCGACCACUGGGGAGAGAACCAGGGCAUGGCCGGCAAGGUCGGGCGCCUGACAGCCGCCGAGGCUAGGCAGGCCACUCUCGAGGUGCUGUUCGACAUCUACGCCCUCAGCCUCGCCGACGUGCUGGUCGGUACGCUGACCUCGCAGAUCGGGCGCAUGGCCGCGGGGCUGCGGCGGCUGUGCCCCGGCGGCCGGGCGCUCGCGCUGGACCUCAGACUACCGCAACCUGGAUUCCGUGGCGGGCAUGGGCGCCGGAGACGGCAUACCCUCGCCGGUGGCGGAGGGCUGGGAGCGCGCCGCGGGCGCGGAGGGCCCACUGCUGCGGGACCAGCAGGCGGCCCCGCCGAGCGAGUGGGUGCGCGCGGUCCUCGCGGUGCAGUCCGAGUGCGCCAGUCGAAGGGGAGGAGACAGUCAUGCUCCCCAGCUCGGGCGACUUUGCGGCGCGCCUGACGGCCCUGGGGGCCGCGGCCGCUGGUGCCCUCAGGAGGGGCCGCGCCGUGAGGCUCUCGGGGCACCUGGGGGGGUACACCGACAACGGCCGCUGCAGGCAGGAGGUGCCCUGGGAGCUGCUCGAGAGCCAGGGCGGCUGGACGUGCUUCUUCCGAUGGCGGCGGUGCCCUCGACCGACCCUGGGGGGCCCGCCCGCAGAGGGUGCCCUCGGGGCCGCGGCGGCGGCGGAUGCGGCGCUGAAGCUCCGGGGCAUGGACGACGGCAGGCUGGCGGAGGCAGCUCUGGCGGCCCUGUUCAGGCUGAACGAGUGGACCCAGGCCAGCAUGCUGAAGCGCAGCUUCCUGGCGCGCCAUGACGAGGAGGCAGUUCGCGCUGGCAGGGAAGUCCUGAUCGGCGUGGACAUACGCAGCGGUGAUCGGGGUGUCUCAGAAGGUUCGUGCCUCGUUCAGGAUCGCGCGGCCAUCCUGGCGGGCUGGAGGCAUCCACUCUGUCCUGCCUGGGCCGAGUUGCCACUCUCAGAGCAGAUGCUGUGCGUGCGCUGUGGGGGAUGUCCCCAAGGUGGAGGGAUCGAAUUGGGCUUCCUGCGCUGCCCCGACUCGUCGGAGGAUUACGGUGUUGGCUGAGCAUCGAAAGGGCACUUGCCCCACCCCCAGCGUUCGAGCUGUGAUCUUCGCGCGGUGCCGUUGUCCAGGCUUGGUCUUCCCGCCGACCCUCUGCCCAGGGACCCUCCCACGGUGGCCCGUGCGAGUGUUUCGGGAUCAGAGACGACCCCCUCCCGUGAGCGUCGCAUGGCAGCACUGGCAGAGGCAAUCCGUUUUGAGUAGCAGGCCGC